AUGGCCCGCUUCCUUCCUAAAUAUGGCAAUGGCUCGAUCCUCGUUAUGACACGGAACAAAGAAGCGGGAUCGAGACUUGUCCCGGGCCAACCAUUGCUGGAAGUUGGACCCAUGAGCGAUGGAGAGUCGGUACAAAUGAUUCGCGAGAUAACUGGAGACUCGUCGCUGUCAAUGGAUGCCUUUACCGUCCUUUCAAACCGCCUUGAAAACCUGCCACUCGCUAUUGCCCAAGCUGCAGCUUUCAUGCAUGAAAACUGCAUGAGCCUAGAUAAAUAUCUUGAUAUUCUGAACAAGAGCAAUAGUGUCGAAGUUCAGUUACUGGGUGGGAAUUUCGAAGCCGUUGGUCGAGACGCAGACGUUCCACACGCUGUAACGGCGACGUGGGUGGUGUCUUUCGAGCACAUCAAGGAAAAGAACCCACUUGCGGCCGAUAUCUUGUCGAUGAUGGCUUUCUUUGAUCGUCAAGCGAUUCAAAGGCAGUUCAUAACUAUCUAUAUGUACUUGGAACGAGAUGGGGCUUAUUCGAUUCUUCUCGAGCAAGCUCUAGGUAUUCUCAAGGCCUUCUCAUUCAUCAAGGAGAACAAAGACGGGACCUUAUGCAUGCAUCGUCUCGUUCAGUUGGCAACCGCAGAUUGGCUCAAGCGGAAGGGCUCCGCCAGGCGGUUCUUCGGAAGGGCGCUAGAAACGCUGGCC